UGAUAUUGUUAUGUGUAUUAAUAUAGUUGGUGAUAUUGUUAUGUGUAUUAAUAUAGUUGAUGAUAUUGUUAUGUGUAUUAAUAUAGUUGAUGAUAUUGUUGUGUGUAUUCAUAUAGAUGGUGAUAUUGUUAUUUGUAUUGUGAGCAGACCAAGUACCUUAAGGUUGCUCUAAAGCGGAAAGGUGGAAUAAACGAGUCAGGAAAAAAAAAGUGAUCUAUUGAGGUAUUUCUUUCUUCUUAAUCACUCCAACACAAUCAAGGAUUAUCUCCCAUGGAAAACAAACAUCUUCUUCUUCACAAGAACAAGGUACAUAACGAGAGUAUCUUUAAACUGUGACACAAAUCACAGGUGUGUCACCGCCUUAACGAUCCGUCCGUGGAGAGCUCCCUUCGGGUGGUGGCCAUUCCCCAGAGGUAGUUUGUUCCCUUCGUCUCCCUGUCGAAAGACUUCAGGACAAAUAGUUGGAAGGACCCCCGUGGAGAAGCCAGUACCAAGUUCUUCUGACCACCCCCACUGUGGUAAAGGUUGCUGAGAGAGAAUCCUGGACACACCUGUCACACUGCAGACGAGUUCCUGAUCCAGAAGAAGAUGGGGCCUCACCAGUUCCUGAUCCAGAAGAAGAUGGGGCUUAACCAGUUCCGGUGGUGCAGUGUGGCCCUCAUCUGCGUUAGCACAGGAAUGCUAAUAAGAACAGUAGGUUGUCCUCUUGUGGGAAAACUGACAGAUGGUGAGAUAAGCCCCGAGCCAAAGGGGCCAAUGCAGGCCCAGAGUAGUGGCCCAGAAGUAAAUGGUAAUGACAGAAUGAGUCCUGAGUCAAAGGGGCUAUCACUGGCCCAAAGUAGUGGCCCAGAAGUAGAUGGUAAUGACAGAAGGAGUCCUGAGCCAAAGGAACCAACGCAGGCCUGUAGUAGUGGCCCAGAAGUAGAUGGUAAUGACAGAAGGAGUCCUGAGCCAAAGGAACCAACGCAGGCCUGUAGUAGUGGCCCAGAAGUAGAUGGUAAUGACAGAAGGAGUCCUGAGCCAAAGGAACCAAUGCAGACCUGUAGUAAUGGACUAGAAGUAGAUGGUCAUCGUAGAAGGACAGCCCUGCUGGGACCUCACCAACAUGAGGACAAUUUGUUCUUAUCUAGAGCAGAAAUGGUUGCCAACAAGACAUCCAAAGAAAAUGACUGUUGGGUGUGUGGGAUGGGUCCGGUUAAGGUAGGGGCAGGCUUGACACUUAUGGGAGUCCCAAUAUGGGUAAACUUUACUAUAGCAUUGGCAGGAAAAAUACCUUUUAAUACUAUGACCAACAAUGUUAAGGUAUAUAAUCAACCCAAUAUAUCCUAUUACCUGAGGCCUGGUAAUGUCUCAAUCUUGCCCAUUUCAGUGGCUGGGGUGAUGACUGCCCCUUGGUGUAUUAGAGGAUAUGGAGAUCAUCAUUUGGGUGAAUUGAAAUGUAAUUGUACUAUGAAUCUUAAUGGAUCAAAUGCUUGCGAUUUAACAGUAAUACAGGAGAAUCGUCAGGCAGAUAAGGAACCAUUUAAAAUGUGGGUUGACAGACAUAGUACAACUCUGAGAGGAGCCCCAAAUGGCACCUAUUGGCUGUGUGGUAAGAUGGCUUACUAUAGCCUGCCCUCGAACUGGGGAGGUACUUGUACUGUUGGGUUUGUGGUAACAGCUAUGAGAACCGUUCCAAAUAAUGAGAGGGAUCUGAUGGCUCUGUUUAAAGACUACAAACUUCCUGGAAUGAGGAGAGAUAAGAGGUCUCUAGCUGACGUCACUCACGCUCAGGCACCUGCCUCCAGGUUCUUUGGUGUGUUUUUCUCUGGGUAUGGAGUUGUAUGUGCCCUAGACCAAAUUCAUGACAUCUCUAGACACAGAGAGAAAAUUGGCAAUGCUAGUAGAAAUGCCCUGGAACAAUUGAAUAGGGAACUAAAAGAAUUGCUUAAGUUAUCUCUGCAAAACAGAGAGGCUCUUGACUAUCUUCUGGCAGGUCAAGGGGGCUCUUGUGCAAUCAUUGGCAAUGAAUGUUGUAUUUUUGUUCUCCCAGAUCACUCUCCUAAUGUGACUGAUCUCGCCACUGCUGCUAAGAAAAAUCCCCCAAAACCAGAGUGGAUGCUUGCAACUUGGUUGGAAUCCCUGUUUGGAAGUUGGGGUUGCAGCGGUGGCUGGGCAGCAGCGUGCAUUUUUUGCUUAGUUUGCCUGAUUAUUAUUAACUAUAUAUUAUUGUUAUUAUUAUAAGGCUAUCUGUGCCUCCUAAUAGUAAAGGCUAAUAAGAUCUCAGCAGCUGUCAUGUUUAAUGCUCCUUUCAGAGGACGAUUGGACUGAUGAGCUGCAGACUCUGGAUGAGCUUCCAUUUCCCCCUGUAGAGAAGGAUGAUGAGUAAUGAUUGAAGCUUGUUUUCGUUUAACAAGGUUAGAAGGUAAAUUCAUUGAAAAGACAGCACCAAUUUUAUGAAGGGGUGUCCACCUUGUAGUGUACCGUGGUUCGUCCUUUAAAAGACAGCUUGUAUGGUGCCGCAGAAUUCUAUGGCACGUUAUUUAAGUGUCAGCCACUUUUACCAUUA